AAUGGAGAGCCUGUGCCCGCGUUUUGCAAACCGUCAGUGUAGACACAGGCAGUCAAGCCCUGAGAACCAGCAGCUCAUCUCAUCCUUAAGAACACCUGCACAGGGCAGAGAGCAAUUUUCAGUAAAGGAGAGAAGAGCAAAGCAAAACAUAUUUUUUCCAUACAAAUAGGAACAGAUUGCGGAAUACACAUUGGAAAACCCACAUAAACAGCAUGAGGAAAAGCCAUUUGGUUAAACGGGGUCUUCAAGAUGCCAACCAGCCGUCAUCGCAACCGGACAAAGUAGGCUGGAUCCGCAGGUUCUGUGGCAAAGGGAUAUUCAGGGAAAUAUGGCAAAACCGCUUUGUGAUGCUUAAAGGAGAUCAUCUGUACAUAUUUGAAAAAGAGAUGAAGAAUGAUGGAAAGACUCAUGAAGUGUUUGACCUGGCACUUUAUGAGCGCUCAGAGGAACUGCGAAAGGCUAAGAGCCACAGCAAGAAGAACCACAGUAAAUUCACCCUGCUGCGCUGCCACCAACCUGGGAACAAGAGUCCCAAUCUCGUAUUUCUGGCUGUGAGUCCAGAAGAAAAGGAAUCUUGGAUCAAUGUUUUAAAUUCAGCUAUUACCAGAGCAAAGAACCGUGCCCUGGAUGAAGUCACUAUUGAGGAGGAGAGUCUUCUUGCACACCCUACACGCGAUCGAGCCAAGAUCCCACUCGGCCGUCGCUUGCCUACGCGAGGUCAUCUUCUGGCUGUGGCCUCUUCCUCCUCUGAUGGAAUGUUGACACUGGACUUGGUGAAUGAGUUGGAUGCUGCUAUGUUUGAUGAUGAUGAGUGGAUGAAGGACCAUCAGGUCAGCAUUGAUAAACUGGCUCCAAGCCGUCGACGAGCUGGCACUGAUGUGUCCAGGCCACCAGCCUCCAUUACAGAGAACAAGGUGAAAACCAGCAGCUUGCCCCGCUGUAAUGAGUUCUCUUGGAGCCAAGAAAACCAGUCUCACACCCCUCAAAGUGGGAAGAAGGUCUUCGCUCAAGGCCGCAACCGCUGUGCAUCCAUGGACGAUGCUCUGUCCCGAGGAGAGCGGAAACCUACCAAGAAGAAUGGGCUCCAGGCAACACUGGCCCAGAGUCCCACAGGUCAUCUGCAGGACCUGAUCACCCAGAAGCUGCAGAGGACACAAGAGCUACUGGCUGAGAUCCAGGAACAGGAGCCCCAUAGGGGUAGGAUGGGAUCUUACCCCUACCUGAGAGGCAUUGACUCCCCCCGACUUCGCCAUCUCAGGGGCUCUGACUCCCCUCACUCGAAGGGCUCAUGCUCACAAAGCUCUCCCCACAGCAAAGGCACUGACUCACCCUCAGUAAGGGUGAAAGAUUCACCUAGUUCCAAAGGGAAGGAAUCACCUCACGUAAAAUCAAAGGACUCUCCCCGCACUAAAGCUUCAAAAUCACCUCAUUCGAAGACUGCAUUUCGUUCGAAGAGCAUCGACUCACCUGAUUUUAAAGAAUCAAGUUCACCCCAUAUGAAAUGCAUUGAUUUGACCCACAUCAAAAGCUCACACUCACCUCUUUCCACUUGCUCAAACUCACCCCAUUUGAAGUCCACGGACCCUGCUUUUUUUCGGAUGUGCAACUCACCCCUUUUCAAAGGCAUGAAGGGCACUGACUCGCCCCUCAGUGAAGCUUUGGACUGGGAGAGCAGAAGGGUAGCCACUGAGCGGUUAUUACAGGAAGCCAUUUCAUUUUGGCGAGAAGCUCGAGAAAUACUGGCGGAGGUAAAGGAGCUACAAGCCAGGCAGCAGCGGGCAGAGCAAAGUAAAACUGAAAAGCCCACAACACCCUCACAGAACCGCAAGCAGAAUAUCCCCUGACCAAAUCUUUAGUCAUGUGAGCCUUUACAAUGAAUGCAAAGAGAAAAAUAGAUGAAAAUUGCUGUUUUGCCUGCAGUGCCAAACAGUGCCCUGUAUCAUUUUACAUUCAGUUUUUUUUACACUUCAACCCUUUGUCUUUUCACUUUGAAGUUUACUUGUAUAAUUACUUGUCUAAGAAUUGGAAUCUACUUUUAUAAGGAUAGUUUACCCAACAAUGAAAAUUCUGUCAUCAUUUACCCUAAUGUUGUUCCAAAAAAGAAAUAAUUAUUUUCUGUUAGGCAGAACGACAGCCUCAGUCACAAUUCACUUUCAUUGUAUGUAAAAAAGAUGCAAUGAAAAUCAGAAGACAAUCAAAGUCAUGCAUGUUGGAAAAACAUGAGGGUAAGUAAAUGAUGAUAAUUUACAUUUUUGGGUGAACUAUCACUUUAAGGCUUUAAAGGUGUACUCUUAUUGCCAUUGGUUAGAACUGGAGUGUGUUGUGUAGUUAGUCUUGAUUCACUUUUGCAGAAACACCUCAGGUGGAAAAGCUGUAUUGAGGAGAGCAUGAUGGGAAUGUUGAGUUCUUAAUGUUUCCUUUGAAGGCCAGCAGUGGUCCAGUCAUGAUAGAUAUUUAUAAUAUUUGUUUUCCCCAAAAUAACUAAAGACGCACAAAAUUUGAAAAUAAAAUGA